AUGUCUGAACUCAGCCAAAACUCUGACGAAGAAGUGUGUCCUGAAGAGAUCGAUGAAGAUGAAAUCCUGGCAAACCUAUCCCCCGAGGAGCUAAAGGAGCUGCAGUGUGAGAUGGAAGUCAUGGCCCCAGAUCCCGAAGUCCCAACUGGAAUGAUACAGAGGGAUCAGACGGAGAAACCCCCCACGGGAAGCUUCGACCACCGGUCCCUGGUUGACUACCUGUACUGGCAGAAGGCAUCCAGACGCAUGCUCGAGGACGAGAGAGUUCCCGUCACCCUCUUGCCCUCUGAGAGAAGUGCUGCAGAGGAGAUGGAAGGAAAAGCCAAUGGCAGCAGCGAGGCGGACAGUGGGAGGGUGCCAGGAGCAGAGGGAAAGGAGAGACGUUACAAAAAUGAACACUUGUUCAACUCAGGAACACAAUAUGGGGAGCCGAACAAAGAUGGAAGGGAUAAAGGGAGAGAGGAGGAGGAGGAAGAAGUAGCAGAGGAGGAGGAGGAGGAUGAUGAAGAGGAGGAGGAAGAUGAUGAAGAGGAGGGAGACGAAGGUGAGACAGAAUUGGAAACAAAGGAGACUUACACCAAUGAAAACCCUCACAGCAGUCAGAUGAGUAAGAAAUCAGGUACAGAAUCAGGAGAAAUCCCAGAAAAGCCAAAUGAAACUGAAAAGAAAGUAUCAAAACUAAACAUCCCCAAGAAGUUAGCGCUGGAUACCAGCUUCAUGAAGCUAAGCGCCAGGCCUUCAGGAAAUCAAACCAAUUUAGAAGAGAGUUUGGAGAAAGUCCGAAAAAACAACCCAGACGUGAAAGAGCUCAAUCUGAACAACAUAGAAAACAUCCCCAAAGAAAUGCUGAUAGACUUUGUCAAUGCCAUGAAAAAGAAUAAGAACGUAAAGACGUUCAGCUUGGCCAACGUGGGGGCUGACGACAACGUGGCGUUCGCGCUGGCCAACAUGCUGCGGGAGAACAGGAGCAUCACCACGCUGAACAUCGAUUCCAACUUCAUCUCCGGCAAAGGGAUCGUGGCUAUCAUGAGAUGCCUGCAGUACAACGAGAUGCUGACGGAGCUCCGCUUCCACAACCAGCGGAGCAUGCUGGGUCACCAGGCAGAAAUGGAGAUCGCCAGGCUGCUGAAAGCCAACGCCACCCUCCUUAAAAUGGGGUACCACUUCGAACUGCCGGGGCCCAGGAUGGUGGUGACCAACCUGCUCAGCAGAAACCUGGACAAGCAGAGGCAAAAGAGGCAAGAGGAGCAGAGGCAGCAGCAAGUGAAAGAGCAGAGGGAGUUGAUAACAAUGCUGGAAAAUGGACUUGGGUUACCUCCUGGGAUGUGGGAAAUGCUGGGAGGACCAAUACCCCAGCCGAGGAUGCAUGAACCCCCCCAGGCCCCAAAACCGCCCGUUCCCAUGGCUGUGUCUCGGAGCAAAAGGCAGGAGAGCGCGAGGCAGCCGCCCCCCGAGCAGCCGUGCAGAGAGAAGCCCGUCAACUUCAGAGUGGUCAAGCUGAAGAAGAUUCAGCGCAAACCCGCCGUGCCAGAGUACGUGGAACCCGCCGAGAAAACCAACCUCAGAGACGUCAUCAAAACACUUAAACCGGUUCCCAGGAGAAGACCGCCUCCCCUCGUCGAAAUAACCCCGAGGGAUCAGCUACUGAAUGACAUUCGUCAGAGUAACGUCGCUUACCUGAAACCGGUGCCACUGCCAAAGCAGCUGGAGUGA